UUUGUAUUCGUCACGUGGCCCACGAGUCUGUAUUGCGCAUGCGCGUUGUCUUCGCACGUGAAGCGGACGGCAUGGCGGAAAAGUCAGAAGUAAAACUAGACCGGGCGCAGGUGAAAAAGGCCGUCCAAGCCUUGCAGGCGUUUCUCAAAACUAAAGCAGCCGCUUCAGACUCGCUGUUCUCGGAGGAGACCCAGCCGAUCAGCCUGCUCUUCACCCUGUGGAAGAUCCCUAAGAAGAAGCAAUGCAUCCAGAUUCCUUUGCCCCAUGGCCAUCAGUCUGACACGGAGGAAGUUUGCCUCUUCACUAAGGAUGAGCCCCGAAUGACCUCAGAUCAGACCCAGAGGUUUUAUAAGAAGCUGCUGCAGGAGAAAGGUGUCAAGAACAUAUCAGAGAUUAUACCGUACAGGGUUCUGAAGACAGAAUAUAAACCCUAUGAAGCCAAGCGUCGCCUGCUGGGAAACUUCAGCAUCUUCCUCGCCGAUGCCCGUGUCCGUCGGCUUCUGCCGUCCCAUCUCGGAAAGCAUUUCUAUGAAAGGAAAAGAGCACCUCUAUCUGUGAACUUGCAGAGUAACCAUCUGGCCCGAGACAUCCAGAACAUCAUCCAGGGCACCACCCUGACGGUCACCAACAAAGGCUGCUGCUGCAUGGCACGCGUCGCUCAGUCGGACAUGACAGCAGAUGAGGUGACAGAAAACAUUGAAGCGGCGGUCCAAGCCAUCGUGGCCAAACUCGAGAUGAAAGGACCAGUAAUGAAGCUGAUCCAUUUAAAGAGUCAAGCAUCCGUGGCCUUACCCAUCUACACCUCCGAGCUGAGCCACCUCAGUGGGGAGGACUUCCCCCGAGGCCAGAAAGCUGCAGAGAGAAAGAAAGGUAAGAAGACAGAAGACAAAAAGCAAACUGUUGCAAAGAAAAAGGACAAGCCGAAGAAAAAGGCAGUAGGGGAUGAGGAAGAGGAUGAGGAAAUCCCACAGCUGGUUCCCAUUAAAACGCCCACCAAAAAGCCCAAACUGGAGAAACCUUCCAAGAAGCAGCAGCAGCAGCUGCAGAAAACAGCUAAACCUGCUGGUGUGAAGAAAGGAGCUAAAGCUCCAAGCAAACCGGCCAGAAAGGCAGAGAAAAAGGGCAGAAGAAGAGCGCUGAGAGCGAAAUGAUCGUCUAGUGUUUGUACAGACUCAAAAUGGACAUUUGACUCUAAACAAUCCUUUUAUUCUCUAUAUGUAAUUAUCAUGUUAUAAACUCUGUUGUAAAUAA